UGCCCUCACAAGCAUGGCCGCCUACAGGAGCGCAGGGUUUGGAAGGCGUUUAGCUGGUCUAUUAACGAGAGCGUAUCCUUUAUGCCGUUAUCAUGGAUCAGGGCUCAGCAGACCUCCCCUUAACACAGUGGGCACAAGUGCACUGCCAAAGCAAACAACCACCAUAUUUAUCAGAAACAUGUUUAUUCAGACUCAAAACACCCCAAACCCAAAUAGUCUGAAGUUUCUUCCUGGUCGCAUGGUGCUGGAAUCAGGAACCAUGGACUUUGCUGGACCCAGAGAUGCUUAUUGUUCACCCUUGGCAAGGCAGUUGUUCAGAAUUGAUGGAGUCAAGAGUGUUUUCCUGGGCCCUGACUUCAUAACCAUUACUAAGGCUCAUGCAGACACAGAGUGGAAGGUGAUCAAACCAGACGUCUUCGCCACCAUUAUGGACUUCUUCUCCUCUGGACUACCUGUCGUCAAUGAGGCAGAUGCUCCACGUGCAGACACAGCUCCUUCGGAAGAUGAUGACGAGGUGGUUGCCAUGAUUAAGGAAUUGCUGGACACACGAAUAAGGCCCACAGUGCAGGAGGAUGGUGGUGAUGUGCUGUAUCAUAGUUUUGAGGAUGGUAUUGUGAAGCUGAAGCUGCAGGGCUCCUGCACUAGCUGUCCCAGCUCCAUCGUCACACUGAAGAGCGGCAUCCAGAACAUGCUGCAGUUCUAUGUUCCCGAGGUGGAAGGAGUUGAGCAGGUGACGGAUGAGGACGUGGUUGUAGAAAAGGAAGUCCAGGCAUGAGUUCAGCUGGCCAGUGUCAGGGCUGUGGACUAGAUUUAUUGUUGAAUUACCCAGCAGCCUCCUCUCCCUUCACUGUUCAAUCAUGUAGAAGGUGAAUUGGGUUUGGUAUAGGCUGCUCGGUUACACAGCUGUAAGGAAAACUGACAAAUAUGUGUGUCCUUGCGAUUCUCCAACAGUAUAUUGCUACAGAUAUUAAUAUUGUUUCUCCCAGCAUGCAGCACAAUGUUUGUUUAUUUUUUCAUACAAGUUUGGUAGUUGCUGAAAAAGGUAUUGGGUUAUCACAUAAUAUUUUAAGGAUUAGUGUUUGUUUUGAAACCAUUUGCACUGUUUAAGUCUCUUAAAACAAAUAGGUGAAUUUUCUGUAUGUGUAAAUAAAUGAUAUGCAAUAUGCUUUUCCCUGACAGAUUGGUAAAUAUUUUUAUGGGAAUCUACUUGUUUUGUGGUCAAAGGAUUCUUAGGUGAAGUGAUGUACACACUUACCAAAGUUGUAAUAGAGCAAAAUAUUUGGUUGUGUUUUUUUAUGACUGGUUGUUGCUCUGUAUACUUGCAAUUACACAAUACGCACAGAUAAACAUUUUGACAGGA